AUGCGUGUGAACCAGUACACGGUGCACAAUCCCCGGUCUCACCACAGCCGCUACAGCCUGACAGACACUUCAGAGGAGGGGCCACUGGAAGAGGAGGAGGAGGAGCCUAAACAGAAGGCCACGCCUCUUCAGCGGCUCACCUCUGACUUGUGCCAGGACGAGCGCACCAUCAAGGAGGUGGUGAUCGGGCGGCGCGUGGGCUUCUACAAAGUCCGAGGAGAGAUCGGCUAUGGGACCUUCUCCAGGGUCAAGAUGGCCUUCCACGCCCUCACCAAAGACAAAGUGGCCUUGAAGAUCCUGGAAAAAGCUCGUCUGGACCCGUCAACCCAGCGCUUGCUCCAAAGAGAGAUUAGCAGUCUGGAGAGUCUGCACCACCCCAACGUGGUGCGCCUGUACGAGGUGCUGGACACGCCGAGCCGCCUCUACCUGGUGCUGGAGUACGCCGGGGGAGGAGACCUGUCCAACUACAUCUACAGCCAGGGCAAACUGUGCGACUACCGCAGCAAGAUCACCUUCGCUCAGAUACUCGCCGCUGUCAAGUACAUGCACAGUCAGAACAUCGUGCACCGUGACCUGAAGGCGGAGAACGUGCUCUUCACCCUCAGCGGCUGUGUCAAAGUGGCCGACCUGGGCUUCAGCACGCGUCUGCCCCACCGCUCCCACCUGCUGGACACUCUGUGCGGCUCGCCCCCCUACGCCGCGCCCGAGCUCUUCCAGGAGCAGGAGUACCAGGGCCCCCCGGUGGACGUGUGGGCCAUGGGCGUGCUCCUCUUCUUAAUGGUUACCGGGACCAUGCCUUUCCGCGCAGAGACCAUGGGCAAGCUGCGGCUCUGCAUCCUGGCCGGAGCCUAUGAGAUCCCGGGGUGGGUGCCUGGGCCCUGUCAGAGGCUCAUCAGGGGCAUACUUAAGCCCGCCCCCUCAGACAGGUACGCUCUGGACCAGAUGCUGGGCUGUGAAUGGCUGCUGCCUGUGGAGUUCCCCCGACCCCUUGGAACAGUGACAGAUCUUUUGGACGUGAAGAAGAGCGUAGCAGAGGAGGAUGUCAGAGCGUCCAUGUGUGCGCUGGGCUUCACGGAGCUGCACCUGCGUAACAACCCGGUGUCAAACCCCCGUAGCCCUGUGGGAGGGGUGCACCGUAUCCUGUGUCACCGCGCGGAGCUGUCCCACGGCGCAGACUCUCUCCCAGUGGUCAGGGGCAUGGUACGGGACCCUAAACGAGAGGGGCUUCGGGCGUACAGGGGGCUCAGGCACACGUCCAAGUUCUGCUCCAUCUCAUGAUCCAGGACACCGCCACCUGCUG